AACCAAAUGAAAAACAAAUACACACAAGGUCGCGUGCAUGUGCAUGUCCGUUUAUUUGAUACUCUGUGUCUUUAAGACACUAAGGCUCUGUCCCGGGAUGCUGAGUGUGUGUGUGUGUGUGUGUGUGUGAGAGAGACUGUGUAUGUGUGUGUGCGCGCGUGCGUGUGUGUAUGUGCGUAUGUGUGUAUAUGUGUGUGUGCGUGUGUGUGUGUGUGUGUGUGUGCGCGCGCGCGCGCCCUAUACCUUAUACCUUUCCCCUCAUCCACGCUUUAAGCUUGUAGAUGCAUAAACCAACAAAGUGUCAACGCCCCAGCCUGUACACUUGAAUCCUGUGCACCAUAGGAAUCCCACUUGCGUGGGCUUACUGAAGUCAGUUAUGGCUCUUAGACAAAGCCAGGGUUCCAGGGCAGUGCCUGAUCAUCCACAGUACAUCUCAUCUCUACCAGAGCAGACAGUUAAACACUCCAGAGCCAGAGUGGAUCCUGAUGAACCUCAUAGCAGUAACACAGAAAGCCAGUCAAGCACACCAAUCCCAGCCAGCUUCGGUCCCACUGAUGGCUCUGUCUCAGGGGAAGAUUUCGACCAUGGAGAUAGUCCUAUUCAUCGUGACAGCAUGGAGGAAGACUCAGUGUCUGAAUAUGAUAAUGUGGGAUCAGAGGAGGAAGAAGAGCAGGACUAUGAGGAAGAUGAGGAACUGCAUACUGAUGCAGAUGGGAUGACUUACUAUGUUCACUGUUGCCCUGAAGAUGAGAGCUAUUUGGAAGGAAUGGACUGUCACGAGGGUGCUGAAAGCAGUGAUAGACCAAGUACUUCCAUAGAACCAGAUGCUGGAGGAAAUCCAGGAGGUGCCUGGGAAUUCUGUGAAGGGUUUUAUGAAGUACUCCAGCAAGGUACAGAGGAGCUGGUCCACAAAUGUCCCGAGCCUAUUACCAAGACUACUUUCAUUCAGGCUCCCAUGGCUGAGGAUGAAGAAGAUGAUGAAGAAGAUGCAGAGGAACUAGAUGAUGAUGAUGAUGUUGAUGAUGAUGCUGUGGAGGAAGAUGAAACCUAUUUUGCUUAUGAACAAGAGAAGGCAGUAGGGAGUCAGGAUGGAAUUAUCUGCAAAGGACAGUGUGAUUUACGAGUCGACAGUAAAAACCAUCAUCAGGGAUCAAAUUACAGUAAAGGAAUGAGUAGAGGAGAAGAAGAUUUAAGUAAAGAUUACGGAAUGGAUAAAAGCAUCCCAGAAAAGUGUAAGGGUGAUACCCAGAGUUCAUUUAUUGGUCACAGGGAAGGCAAUAAAAAGAGCAAUGCUGAAGUUAAAGUUGAUGAUUCAGGAAACUGUGAAGUGGGCAGGGCAGAUAAAAACUCAAAACUAGGGUCUAUAUUCAGAGGGCAUCAGAUUUGUAAGGAGGACAGAGGCAGCAGAAACUGUAGACUUAAUGGUAUGACCAAACCUGAAGAUACUGAGAAUAGAGAAGAUUUUAAAAAGAGACAUUCAUACAGAGAUCAUGGAAGAGAAAAAAGAGAAGACAAGUGUUUACAUAUGGGGAGUGACAGUCCUGAAGACAGUAUAGGCAGGGGACAGGGGUGUCUUCAUAGCUAUAGAGCAAAGACCGGGAGGGAUAGGGACCAAUCAGUGGACACAGGCGAGGAUUUGGAUCAGAUUGUAAAUGAAGUAAGAACAAAAAUGAAAGUAGGAUCUCAGAGUAGUGAGACAGACAGGGAUACAGCCGAGAAGUCAUGUGAUGAGAAAAGGAUUCCAGAAAGUUCACAAGUAUCAGUGCUAAGACCACACAGGGAAGAAAGCAGACCCAGUGCCCCCAACACACCCAUGCAGCCUCUCGACCCACAGCUGCAGAAAGACCUGGACAGACCCUCUAAAGAAGACUGCCUGAGGUCCAAUCAGGGCCAGGUAACUCAAAGCAGCCCACGGCACUGCACGGUAAAUCCACAGUGUGAAACUAACACAGCAGCUAGCAACUGUAACCUCCCUCAGCAAGGAAAGAGAAGUCACUCUUUCCCAAGCUUUGUGGAUGUCCCAGGCCCAUGCGAACCAGAGGACCUCAUCGACGGGAUCAUCUUUGCUGCUAACUACCUCGGGUCCACUCAACUUCUCUCAGACAGAAACCCGUCCAAGAGCGUGCGCAUGAUGCAAGCACAGGAAGCUGUGGACAGAGUAAAGUGUGUGGAUAGAGAGAGCCAAAGCCCGAUUGAGGUUGACCUCUUCAUUUCAACAAAGGCCAUCAAAGUGCUCAAUGCUGAUACACAGGAGACAAUGAUAGACAAUGCUCUUCGGACCAUCUCCUACAUUGCAGACAUAGGGAGCGUGGUAGUCUUGAUGGCUCGCAGACGAGUGUCGCAGUCUGCUGCACUCGACUGUAAUGAAACCAGCCUGAACUCUGCAGAGGGCAGGAAGCAGUACCGAAUGAUCUGUUACGUCUUUGAGUCUGAGGAUGCCCAGCUCAUUGCACAGUCCAUUGGUCAGGCGUUUAGCAUGGCCUACCAAGAAUUUCUAAGAGCAAAUGGGAUCAACCCUAAGGACCUCAGCCAGAAAGACUACAGUGAUAUUCUUAAUUCACAAGAGAUGUACAACGAUGAUCUCAUCCACUUUUCAAACUCUGAGAACUGUAAAGAGCUGCACCUGGAGAAGCAGAAAGGGGAGAUUCUUGGGGUUGUGAUAGUAGAGUCUGGCUGGGGGUCUAUCCUGCCCACAGUUAUCCUGGCUUGCAUGCUGAACAGUGGGCCAGCUGCCCGUUCAGGGAAGCUCAACGUGGGUGAUCAGAUAAUGGCUGUCAAUGACACAAGUCUGGUGGGCUUGCCCCUAGCCACCUGCCAGGGCAUCAUCAAGGGCUUGAAGAAUCAGUUACAGGUAAAGCUGAGUGUAGUAAGCUGUCCUCCUGUGACCAUGGUGCUAAUAAAGAGACCAGAUCUGCAGUACCCUUUAGGCUUCAGUGUACAGAAUGGCAUAAUCUGUAGCCUUAUGCGAGGUGGAAUAGCAGAACGUGGAGGAGUGCGUGUGGGUCAUCGAAUAAUUGAGAUUAAUGGACAGAGUGUAGUCGCCAUGGCACAUGAGAAAAUUGUCCAUGCCCUAUCGGUGUCUGUCGGAGAGAUUCAUAUGAAAACUAUGCCGGCUGUGAUGUUCAGACUGCUAACUGGACAGGAAACCCCAAUGUACAUUUAAUGGCAAUGCUGGUGCUCUGGAAUCUCUGUGAUGCUCUGCCCUGCCUGUGCAACUAUUCCAACUAAAAAAUAUUCCAUACACUUCUCAAAAAAGAGAAAUCUAGAAUAAGGAUUUCUUUGGCUUGUCCGCCUGGAGGAACUCCUAAAGGUUUUAUGUAGAGCCCUACAACAGAGUGUUCCUUACCCUUCCAAGUAGAAAACUAAAAAUCCUUCAAAUAACCUUUUUUUCCUUAUAAGUGUACCAGUACAUACAUUAGGGAAACUGACACCAGGCCUAAUCCUUAUUUGAUCAUGCUCUUCAGUGCAAUUACAGUGUGUAUGCUUUUGUCGUAAAAGGAGAACCCUAAGGGCAAGCUAUUUUUAAUUCUCAUGCUGCGGCAAGGUCUGUGUUUGGGGUGUUAGACAAGGUGUUUAGGUCUAACUCUGACAUAAAGUACAAGAUGCUCAGAAUAAAUUAGGUUUGCAGGGCUCAGCAGGGCCAAGGUAGUUGAAUGAAUCUUCUGAAUGGUAGUCUCCUCCUCUUGUUUUUAACCUCGGGGAAAUACAAUGCAUGCUUGUGUUCCAUGCAGGUGAGCUGUAGCUUAUAGAAUGUCAGCUCACCUCUGUCAGACCUAGUAAACAAAUACAGCUCUGCUCAUGUCAAGUCUAUGCUGACUGUUGUAGUUCCCCUGCUUGCUCUGCCUUGCAUGAUUAUUUUUUAUACAUACAUUAAUAUUGGGAUUUAUUUUUAAUGCUGUACAUAGGAGACUUGUUUAUCAGCUGACUUACUUGUAUUUACUAAGACUAGAUAUCUAUGCAGAUUCAUCAGCUAAACUGGGAAUGAUGCUAUUCAUGCUUAUAUGUAUCCAUUAAUGUUUCAUUCAUUUCAUAACAUUUCAGUCAUUUGGGGACGAUUACCUGACUUCCAAAAAAGAAAUAUUUCACAUUCUGAUAAGAAUAUAUUCUAUUACCCAUGAUAAGACACAUUGGGUUGAUUUAAAUUGGAUUAUAUUAUAUUGUAUUUGAGUCUGUGCCUUUGACCCUCCACUUCAAAAAAAGCCCAAAAUACCAAUAGUUUUUGGCUGCCAUGGUGCUGGUCUGUUAAUUGCCCAAUUAAACACUGUGUGUGUGUGUGUGUG